AUGCAUCGUCCAACAUUACGAGCCAAAGAUCGCGUGUAUUCGCGACGUUUGGCGCUCGCCAAAGCCGUCCAUCGGCGGAAGAAUUUGUUGUUUCAUGAUGGCGACGAAGGUGGCCCGAACCGAGCCGCGGCGCGACAAAAAGCCUGGGAAGAUGUCAAAAUGGAGCUGGUGAACAAGGGAUUCGCCGAGUUUGCGAGCAAAAGUCAGAUGGACAUCCGCAAAACCGAUUGGCAACAUGUUCGCCGAUAUGUGAUGGACAAACGGAAGAGAGAAGUCCAUACCGGGGUCAUUGAGGAACCUAUAACCGAGGUAUGGCUUUGAAAACCGUCUGUCUUUAUUUUGAACUCGAUUUUUUGAGAUUUCUCGGAAUUUUGGAUAUUAUUUUAGGUAACAAGAUUUAAUUUUUCUCUAAUUUUGAGCUGAAAAAUAGUUUCAAAUAGAUUUUUAGGCUGUUUAUAACAUUUGACAAAUUUUGCAAUGAAUUCGGACCGUAUUUUACCCAUUUCCCGAACGAAAAUAUAAAUUAUUACCUAAAAAAUCGAAAAAUCUCAAACUUUUCUCAUUUUCGACGAUUUUUUUAUUGAAAAUGGUAUAGUUAAUUUUUAUUAGAUGUGAGAAGGUAUUAUUUGUGAUCUGUUCGAUAUGAGACACGUAUUUUACCUUUUUUUAUUACCUAAAAUCUCAAUUUUUCCAUUUUUUAGAAUUUUUUGUUUGCCACGCUUAAAAUACGACACAAAAUAAAAAAUUUCCUCAAAACACUACUAUUUUACCUUUUUUUACCCAUUUCUUCCAAUAUUUUCAAAUUUAUUACCUAAAAUCUCAUUUUUUUUUUAUUUUUUUAGAAUUGUUUGUUUGAUAUUCUUAAAAUGCGACACAAUAUUAUAAUAUUCAUCGAAAUACUACAAUUUUCCUCGUUAUUUUGCCUAUUUCUUUCAAAAUUUUCAAAUUUAUUACCUAAAAUUUCAAAAAAAUCCAAAAUUCCCCAUAAAAUCGACUAAAACUCUCCAUAAUUUGCCUCUAAAAUACGUUUUCUUUCAGCUCGACGAAGUUGUAAUGGAAAUUGUCGGAGCUGAAGGCCUUUUGAAGGCAUCUACACCUCUUUUAAACGAAUCUUCAAGUUCAGAUCCGAUAAAACUGGAAGACCAUCGGUCCGUCUCGGUGAAUGGGCAAGAAAUCUCGAGUUCCGGCCUGAACGAUGUGGCCAGUUCGGAUUCGGCGGAUGUGGAGAUGAAUGAUCAUCUUCUGGAUGGGCGCCUCAACUCUUCGACCGCCAAUAUUUUGUUCCCUCAGCUGUUGCAGGUGAGGAUUUGGGGGUUUUUGGAGAGUUCUUGGAGGUUGGUAGGGAUGAAGAUGCUUUUUGAGAAUUUUUUGAUCGCUUAUGAGGUCUUUUUGGGGCGUUUUUGAUCAGUUUUGAGGUUUUUUGGGGGUUCAUGAGAUUUUUUGAUAAAUUUUUCGAGAUUUUUUGAGGUUUCAAGAAGUGUUUUGUAUUCCGGAACAGACAUAACACCUUUAUAGAGGGGUAUGGAUACUUUUUUAAGCUUUUUGAGGUCUUUUUAGUCAUUUUUUGACGUUUUUUGAGGUUUCUCGGUUUUUUCGAUUGAUUUUUGAGAUUUUUAAACGUUUCUGUAUUUUAUAAAUGAUUUUGAUACUUUUUCAAGACCUUAGGAUAAAAUUUGAAGUAUUUUUAAACCAUUUUUGAACCUUUUUUGCUCAUUUUCCUCAAAAAUUUCAAUUUUUUUCCAAUUUUUUCUAAAAAUGACGUCAUUUUCAGUCUUUCCAAGACGCCCCCUCCUUUGUGAACCAACUCAGCUUCAACCAGGCCUCGGAAGAUCGCGAUUUCGAACACAAAAUCCGCGAUUAUCGCAUCCAAAGAGAGGAGUUUCAAACGCAGACGGAGAAGAUUCGCAACGAAAUCGAAGCCGAAAGAUUGCUCCAGGAGAAGAUCCGAACCCGUCUUCUGAUGAACGAGCUCGCUAAAUCCGACCCCAACGGCCUUAGCGACGUUGUGAAGAAUGGAAAAUAA